AUUCACGCAUCCGAACAGACAAAAAUUUCGUUUCAUAGAUACACAGAGACACAGAGAGAGACAGCCGCAUGCACACACAGAAAACUGAGAGAGAGAAUAAAUUAAGGUGGUUUCAUGGGUAACUACAGGUUCAGGUUGUCUGAUAUGAUGCCCAAUGCUUGGUUUUACAAGCUCAAGGUCAUGGGCAGAACCAGAAACCAUGACACCUCUCAUUCCAUGAAGAACACACCACCAACUACUGCUACCUCAGUAACUGCCGCUUCCGCUGCUCGGCCACAGCCUUCCAAACCAAAGCAACCCCACCACCACCAUUACUCUUAUCCACGAAAAUCUUAUUACUUCACCAGAGAACUUAUCCCAAAUUCCACAGACCCACCAACAACAACAUCCUCUAAACAACGACAACUCAAGAGAAGAACUAUUCUCAACUCUUCCUCUCCCAAGCUUGUCUCCGCCGAUUGUAGCCGCGCCACCAUCUGGACUAAAUCAUCAGAUUCUCCGCCCGAUUACUCUGCUUCUACUUCUGAUACCUCUCCAGAGUUAGGCCACUGCGACUCGAUCCCACCAGAAUUCAGGGCUGACCUUGUUCUUCAAACUCAGUCAUUUGACAGCAUCGUUGCAUGGUCAAGCUCUUCUGGUUGUAAUGUCGAUUCUAAUGCUGAUGAUAUUAUAAUCGAUGUGGAUAAGAAAUCCCUUGGUAGAAAAUUUGAUAAGCUGGAUUUAUCUGAUUUUGAUCUUCCACCUAUCAUAACCAAGCCUGCUAAAUUCAAUGAUAAGGUUGAGGACAUCAAAAAGAAGGAGACAAAAGUGACAACCAAGUACAAUAAGAGCUCAGCUAAAUACGAGGAAACAAAUGUUCAUGGCUCCUUGUCAGUGAAGGUGGUGAAAGAAGAGAGAGUCGUCACCAUGAAAGAGCAUAAAAGCAGUUCCAUGAGGAGACAUUCUGUGAAUUCCCCAGGACUAAGGCUUCGAGUGAAUUCUCCAAGAAUUGCGAACAGGAGAAUUCAGGCACACGCUCGAAAGAGUAUCUCGUCAACAUCGAGUUCAAGCAACCGGAGGAGCCUUUCAAAUAGCCUGGCAGUGGUGAAAUCUUCAUUUGAUCCUCAAAAGGAUUUCAGGGAGUCAAUGGUAGAGAUGAUUGUGGAAAACAAUAUCAGGGCAUCAAAGGACUUAGAAGACCUUCUUGCCUGUUAUCUUUCUUUAAAUUCCGAUGAGUAUCAUGAUCUCAUUAUCAAAGUUUUCAAGCAAAUCUGGUUCGAUUUGACAAAAACCAGGUCCAAGUAAUUCCUUCUCUCGUACAUCAGCUCCUCCUCUCUUUUUUCCCCCCUCAUAAUGUUUUUUUGCUACACAAAGAACUAUGGCCUGUUGAUCAUUUGAAAUUUUAAUUAAUUGGAUUGAAUAUUUAAC